GCGGUGCCGGCGGCCGCUGCCAAAGGGGAAGUGAGCUGGGGCUGAAGCGAUGGCUCGGGUCUGGUGCCUGCGGCCACAGCCGCCGCCGCCACCAGCGACUUGGGAGCAGCUGCGGCCGCAGCCGGAGCGGGGGCCGGAGUCGCGGCUGGAGUGGAGGCGGCGCGUGUGAGUUGCCGAGAGUCGUCCGUACCGGAACACCUCAAACUCGGCGGGAGCGCUUCAGGUGGGCUGAGCCGCGGUCACCCCUCCUCACCGCGCCCCCAGGCCCGGACAGCAGGGCUGGGGUCUUCCCAGGCGCGGGACUGGCUCCUCUCAGGCCGAAUCCUCCAGGCUGGGCUCUGGGUCUUCCUUGGCCUCUGACCCCCUUCAAACUCGGGACGGAGGCCGGAGGACGGUGAUCUUCUCGGACUCGGGCAUUUUCUCUGUCAGGGUUGUAGUGGCUGGGAGCCCCCUCCUGCUGCCAUCUAGGGAGAGACCAGCGCGUUCCCACCGUCUUGCUUUGCAUCUCCCCGUGUGUUCCCAUUCAAGAACCAAGUUUCUUGUUUUUUUCUUCAUUGGAAAUCCUGCCCCGGAAGUCCGAAACACCUAUCUGUGUGUCCUUUCCAGCUCCUGGAGUACCUUUAGAAAUACUGUCUGCUGACCAGGGUUCAGAAUCUCUUAUUCUUGACUUGACUUUUUAUCCUGAGAGACAAAAGUUGCUCCUCUCCCCAGUACCCUCUUAAGUAACUGGCACUCCAUGCAUAGGCCUUUACCCAUUUGGAUCACCAGCUCCCUGGCCAUCUCUAUGUGACUUGCCCCAUUCAUCUGAGUUCCAGUUUCCUCUGGAGUCCAAUCUCCAGCCCCUAGCGUAUCUGGUCAGUCCCACCCCUGGGUGGGAGUGACCAGAGGGCUCUGGCCCAGGAUUCCUCACCCUGGAAGGCAGCUCCAAGGCAGGGAGAGAAUUGGGUGUCGGGUACGAACCUGGCAGCUCAGGAGUGGGUGCUCCACUUACCCCACACAAGAAGAUGAAAAAGCGCAAAGAGCUCAAUGCAUUGAUCGGCUUGGCUGGGGACAGCCGGAGAAAGAAACCCAAGAAAGGCUCAGGCCACCGCCUGCUUCGCACGGAGCCUCCUGACUCAGACUCCGAGUCCAGCUCAGAAGAGGAAGAGGAAUUUGGUGUAGCUGGAAAUCGCUCUCGCUUUGUCAAGGGAGACUAUUUACGAUGCUGCAGGAUCUGUUAUCCCCUCUGUGCGUUUGUCAUCCUUGCCGCCUGUGUUGUGGCCUGCGUUGGCCUGGUGUGGAUGCAAGUCGCUCUGAAGGAGGAUCUGGAUUCCCUCAAGGAAAAGUUCCGAACAAUGGAAUCUAAUCAGAAAAGCUCAUUCCAAGAAAUUCCCAAACUUAAUGAAGAACUACUCAGCAAACAAAAACAACUUGAGAAGAUUGAAUCUGGAGAGCUCGGGUUGAACAAAGUCUGGAUAAACAUCACAGAAAUGAAUAAGCAGAUUUCUCUGCUGACUUCUGCAGUAAACCACCUCAAAGCCAAUGUCAAGUCAGCUGCAGACUUAAUUAGCCUGCCUGCCACUGUAGAGGGACUUCAGAAGAGUGUAGCUUCCAUUGGCAGCACUUUAAAUAGUGUCCAUCUUGCUGUGGAGGCAAUACAGAAGACUGUGGAUGAACACAAGAAAACCUUGGAGCUACUACAGAGUGACAUGAAUCAGCACACCUUGAAGGAGAGCAAUGAAAGCAACCAGAUCAUUCCAUCACCUUCUGCUAUAUCUGAACUUGACAAUAAAACCCACAGUGAGAAUUUGAAACAGGAUAUCCUGUACCUUCACAGCUUUUUAGAGGAAGUAAACAGUGCCCGAGUGGGGUACCAGAGACAGAAUGAUCUUAAACUUGAGGGGAUGAAUGAGACCAUCAGUAAUCUUACCGAGAGAGUCAACUUGAUAGAAAGAGAUCUGGUUGCUAUGAGCAAAGUAGAAAAGCAGGCAAACCUGUCCUCCAGCACGGUGAAUGAUAGAGCUGCCACUCUGAAGAGAGAGUCUUUGCAUCAAGUCUCCAACAGAAUAAAGUCAGUAAAAUCCCAGGGCAUAAAGAAAGAAGAUAGUUCAGAUUCUCAGGUAUCUAAGCUUAGAGAGAAGCUGCAGCUGUUAAGUGCUCUCACAAACAAACCUGAGAGCAGCAGGCCUCCGGAGACUGCCAAUGAAGAGCAAGUACAGAAUUUCACAUCACAGCCAUCAACAUUGCCAAAAUUCCCACAGUCUCCUGGAGACCAGAUUGAGAAAGCUGUCCAGCUAAGACAUGUUUCCCUUCUAGGAAUUUCUAGCAUCGAAGAUCUUCAGGGCUUAUUCCAUAAGACUGGCCAGGAUGUGGAUGGGAAGCUGACCUACCAGGAAAUCGAGGACACCUUAGAGUCUGUUGGGCCAGAACCAGAGCGUUUAAGAGAGUUUGAUUCUGAUGGAGAUGGAAGAUACUCAUUCCUGGAGCUGAGAGCAGCUUUAGGUGUCUAGCCUCAUCAGGCUCAUUUCGGAAGUGGAUGUAUGCUGUGGACUACCUAUUAUCUGCUCAGUUAACAAAAACAACCCUUCUACCUACCCAUCAAUCCUCCAGUCCUCCAAACUACAGUAGCAGACACAUUGUCACCUUUUAACUUGUUUGAAAAAGCUAUAUAAAAGUUAUUUUUUUAAAAAAGACCAUUUUACUUAUUCAGAAAUCUAUGAUUUCCUGAAACCAGUAAGAUCUUAAUUUUAAACUUGCCGGAAAAAAAGUCAAGCCCUCUUUUUUUCUCUUUCCUUUUUCUGAGGGGAGGAGACCUUAUCUUUUAAAACUGGAAAAUGUGUAUAUAGAGAGACUAAGCCACCUUUUAUAUUUCACAUAAAUUUGCCUUAAAUUAGCUGCACUUUAUACAGACUCAGAAAAUGUCUUUCCUUUAACAGAUAGACCUUUUCUGUUUGUAAAUAUUUAAAGUGAAAGAGUUGUGCAUAUUUUGUGAGAAGUGGGGAAAAUGGUUUGAAACAGGAUGUGAACAAAUGACUUGUUAUUAAAAAUUGCUAAUCUUA